UCAUGGCUCUUCCUGAAAAAUUUCUAAAAGAUCCUGCUUGGCCUUAUCUGCGCCAAACCCAACAUUUAACUUCUGGAAAGAAAUUUGAUCCAAAAAGGAGCGUUUGGAUUCCUGAUCCUGAAGAGGGGUUUAUUGCUGCCGAAAUAAAAUCGACGGUUACUCCAUCAUUAACCAAAAAUGGGGCGGAAAUGAUAACUGUUGUAAUUAAUGACAAAGGAAUUGAGAGGAAACUGGCAAAGGAAGAGGUUCAACCAAGGAAUCCCCCAAAGUUUGAAAUGAGUGAGGAUAUGGCCGAACUAACACACCUCAACGAAGCUUCUGUUCUUCACAAUCUACGGCAACGAUAUGCUAAUACAAUGAUAUAUACAUAUUCUGGGCUUUUUUGUGUUGCAAUUAAUCCAUAUAAACGUUUGCCAAUAUAUUCUGAAAGUGUUUGUAAAAUGUAUAUUGGAAGGCGUCGAAACGAAAUGCCCCCACAUAUUUUUUCCAUAUGUGAUGAAGCUUAUAGAAAUAUGAUGAAUGAACAAGAGAAUCAAUCAAUGUUGAUAACGGGAGAAUCUGGUGCCGGAAAGACAGAAAACACCAAAAAAGUGAUUGGAUAUUUUGCUGUGGUUGGUGGGCCUAGUGGAGUUUCAACAACGAGAAGACGGAGCAGUUCAAGUAAAGAUACAGCGACAUUGGAAGAACAAGUAGUCCGGACUAAUCCUGUUUUGGAAGCUUUCGGUGGAAAUUUUUGUUAUUAAU